UACGCCCCCUUUACAGCCAAUCACUGGUCGUUGCCAGGGUGUAAACACUGUCCUUGGUGUAAACAAAAGUGCUUUACGCCGGAUCGAAUAUUUGUUUACACAAAUUAAGAACAAAGAAGUUUGUAUGAUUUGUAUCUAGCCGUGUGAGCCAUGGCUACCGUUGAUGGUGCAGCAAACCAUCCACCAGAGAAAAAGAUUAAACUUGAAGUCCCAGAGGAGGACGAGGACAAAGCUGCUUAUGAAGACCCUCGAACAAAGAAGAAGUAUGCGGCGGCAAACAGGCUUUGCCCUUAUUUGGACACAAUAAAUCGACACGUGCUCGAUUUUGACUUCGAAAAAUUGUGCUCAGUUUCUUUGUCAAGGAUAAAUGUUUAUGCAUGCCUAGUGUGCGGGAAAUAUUUUCAAGGAAGAGGACAAAAUACAUUUGCAUACACUCACAGUGUUGCAGAGAGCCACCACGUUUUCUUGAAUCUGCUUACCUUGAAGUUCUACUGUUUACCAGAUAAUUAUGAAAUCAUAGAUUCAUCUUUGGACGACAUCAAAUAUGUCUUGAACCCAACUUUUGACACCGAGUUGAUCAAAAAUCUGGACACGUCAAGCAAACUCUCUCGAGCAAUUGACGGCACCAUGUAUUUGCCAGGCAUAGUUGGUCUAAACAACAUCAAAGAGAAUGACUACUGCAACGUCAUUCUGCAGGCUCUGUGCCACGUCUCUCCUCUGCGGGACUACUUCCUUGAGGAGAAGAGUUACUCCAGCAUCAAGAGGCCUCCUGGAGACAGCUCUUACUUGCUGGUGCAGCGGUUUGGUGAGCUGAUGCGAAAGUUGUGGAAUCCUCGUAACUUUAAAGCUCACGUCUCCCCUCAUGAAAUGCUGCAAGCUGUUGUAUUGUGGAGUCGGAAGAAAUUCCAGAUCACCGAGCAAGGUGAUCCCGUCGAAUUUCUCUCCUGGCUCAUCAAUGCGCUGCACUUGGCUUUGAACGGGACGAAGAAAUCGACUUCAUCCAUAAUCUACCGUUCAUUCCACGGUACAAUGAAAAUUUACUCGAGAAAAAUUCCACCCGUUGAGCUUGAUGACCGUCAAAAAGCAGAGCUGCUGAAGACCUACGAGUAUCAGGAGACGGUGUCGGAGUCGCCAUUCCUGUAUUUGACUUGCGACCUUCCACCGCCGCCUCUGUUUCAAGACGAGUUCAGAGAAAACAUCAUACCACAGGUAAACCUCUACACUCUUCUGACCAAGUUCAAUGGUCAGUCAGAGAAGGAAUACAAAACAUACAAGGAGAAUUUCCUGAAAAGGUUUGAGAUUACCAAGUUGCCUCCUUACCUCAUCUUGUACAUCAAGAGAUUUACAAAAAACACAUUCUUCAUUGAGAAAAAUCCGACCAUUGUGAAUUUCCCUGUCAAGAACGUUGAUUUUGGAGACAUUCUGACUCCAGAGGUAAAAGUAAGACAUAAGCACACGUCAUACGACCUGGUAGCAAAUGUGGUUCACGACGGAGACCCAAAGAAGGGCUUCUUUAGAGUGCACGUCCUGCAGAAAGGCACUGGAAAAUGGUACGAAAUGCAAGAUUUGCAUGUGACGGAAGUAUUGCCCCAAAUGAUAACUUUGACAGAAGCAUACAUCCAGAUUUACGAGCUUCGAAGAGAUGACGUCAAGAUGGAAACUGCAUAGAGGACAAGAUGGCUGCAAUUCUUGUUUUUGGUAAAUUAAAAUAUGGCUCCUUUUUUAUUUUUUGUUAAAUUUUUUAUUAAACUACACACUACGGGCAUAUCUGGGUAGUUUUAGGACUUAAAUUUAACUCGUCUGCUAUAACUCGCAACAGGGGAAAUUUUCCACAAUGGCAUAUGUCAUGUGCAUCAUCUGAAUUAAUUUCUGUCAAGGCUAUCCCUCCAAGAUUUCUAGACUUGGCCAUUUGAACCUAAUAAUUUUUUAUCAGUCCCUGGCCCUCACUUGAACAUUGACUUUUUACUUUUUCUCGGACAGAAAUUGUGUCUUCGAAGGAUAUCCAUUGUUCUUCAUUGUAAGCAAAUGAAGUACUAAAGGGACGCAGGAGGGUCAAGGAUGCUCCUUUUUUUGUAACCUUAAUCCACUUUUCAUGUCGAACAUAGUGGCAUACCUUUCAAAACAUGACAUAUUGACAAUAUCAUUCAACUUUUAUUACAUUAAAACUUACUUCAAAAAAAGGAUAGAUUAAUGUAUGAUUGACGAACUUGCUUUUAUUUGCGUUUCCAGUAACGGCUGCGCCAAUAAUUUCAGCCAUUUGCUUGUUCUGAAGGGCAAAAGUGUUUGCUGUACAAUCUAUACCCCAAAUUAAUUUGUCCGGUGAAGCCCCUUGCUUCAAAGCAGCGUUAAUGCUAGUUAACUUAAUAAAUCAUGAAAAGCUCAAGCUGCCAAAAAAUAUAAUAGAUUUUAUAUAACUGCUUUGUCCAAAGGUGAUUUAAAGCCAGUUUUUCUCUCCCACGCUCCAGCAUAAUCAAACGCUAGCAUAGUCAUCCAAUCCAAAUAUUUUGACAUGAGUGGCAAUUUGUAACCUAUUUUAUUAUUCUUGCAUGUUAUGCUCUUUUGUUACUUAAUUUCAAUUUUUUUACCCAAGUCCAAUUUGUGUGGAUUAGGCUGGAGAACCGCAGAAAGAGUAAAAUUAAGGGGUCGAAAUGCUUUUGAUGCCUCAACCAAAAAUAUUCCAAAGUUAUCUUUGUCUUGGAAUUUUGCACCCAUUUCACAAACUGAGCGCCAGCACACAGGGUAUUGCCAAAAUAUAUCCAAACCAUGCAGAUUGUACUGCUUUAAAACUUCAAUAGAAUUCAUUAUGAAAUUGCUCCUCUUGGCAGGAUCCAUUAUCAUUCUGCUAUAUUUAUCAGUAAAUGAAUCAUUGUAAUCACCCAAUGUGAGGAUAAGCUUUGCAGAUUUUAGUGGUCGAAAUACUUCAAUCUGUUCCCGCAAAUCUGAUUUUUAAGAGGAGCGAUUUUUUUUUAUAUUAACCUUAAAAUGAAAGUACUAAAAGGUUUUAAAUUGCCUGGUUUUUUAUCAAUAAGCACUUGAAUUUCCAAAGUGGACGGGUUAAGAACAGUGAAGUCGUGGAAAAUAAUAUGGGUGCAAGACUUGACAUCAUCAAAAUUAGCUGGUUUCAGGAAGCCUAUAGCACUAUCAAAGCAAUUAGUUAAGCUAAAAAUUUUUUUUUAAUAAAUAUACCGCUUCACAUAGCACAAAAACUUAUACAUAUCGGUAGACGCCAAAGUUUUAUUUCCUGAUGUUGGAUUCAGAUGUUGCAUCAAACACUUUUUUCCCGAGAAACGAUGGAGUUCAAAACAUCUAGAGAUACAAGCAGUAGUCGCAAGUCUUUGCAAAUUUUCUGUUAAUCUCAAAAAUAUUU